AUGGUUCGUAAUGUGGAUGAUCUGGACUACUGCCUGUCAUCUCAUCCUCAAAGCAUCCUCGAGGGCUUGCGCUCCCUCCGCACUCAACCCAAACUGGUGGAUGUGACGCUGAGCGCCGGCGGUCGGGACUUCCCCUGUCACCGUGGCGUGUUGGCUCUCUGCAGCAAGUACUUUCACUGCAUGUUCUCGGGCGAAUUUGUGGAGAGCAUUGGCGCCCGCGUGGAGCUUCAAGAUGUUGAUCCUGACAUCCUCAGCUACUUGCUGGACUUUGCCUACACGGGCAAACUAACCAUCAACCAGAGCAAUGUGGAGGGCUUGAUCUGCACCGCCAGCCAGCUGCAGUUCCAGUCGGUGAGAACCGUAUGCAGCCGAUACCUCCAGCAUCAGAUCGAUGGAACCAACUGUCUGGGAAUCCUGGAGUUUGGGGAGAUCCACGGCUGCCCAGAGGUGGUCGCCAAAGCCUCGGCUUUCCUUUUAGAGAACUUUGAGGCAGUGCAACAAAGUGAGGAGUUUCUGCUGUUGGCCAAAGACAGACUGGUUUCCUGCCUGUCUGAUGAAGGACUGCAAAUUCGGUCAGAACACACUCGUGUGGAGGCUAUCCUGAAGUGGGUUAGUCACCACAAGGACUCUCGCCUCUGCCACCUCACCCAGCUCCUCACCUUGUCCCGCCUGGCUCUCCUCAGCCUGGACUACCUGGCCGACACCCUGCUGAAGGACAGUCUGGUUCAGGCCUCUCCCAGCUGCAGAGAGGCAGUAGAGCAAAUUCACAGAGAGAAAAUGGAUUUGUCAUCAGAAUAUUUGGACAGUGUCAUGUCUCAGAGUCCACAACCAAACCUGCAAGAGGUGCUGUUUGUAAUGGGAGGUCGCUCGCUGGAGGACGAAGACUCCGAUGACUCAGAUGAGGAUGAAGACAGAGAUCCAAGACUACGAAGACUGCUGCCGAGGAACUGUGCCUUCUACAACACAAAAACAAAACAGUGGCAUGAGCUCCCUAAUUUCCCCAACCCCAACAAGUGGGGUUACUCCAUGGUCUCCUUGAACAAUGACGUGUAUGUCACAGGGGGCUCGCGAGGCUCGAAUACCAACACCUGGUCGACCACAGAGACCUGGAAGUACAUCACAAAGCAGGGGAGGUGGGUGACUGUGGCGCCCAUGCUCCGGCCUCGGACUAACCACACAUCGGCGGUGCUCAACGGGGAGAUUUACGUCAUCGGAGGUACAACAUCAGUCCAAGUGGAGGUGGAGCACUAUGACCCUUACAGCGACACGUGGGCCACGACCUGCCCCGCCUUAAGAUAUGUGACUAACUUCACCGCCACAGCGUGUCAUGGGAAGCUUUAUGUGAUUGGUUCAUGUGCUGUGAAGUACAAUGCUUUGACCAUGCAGUGCUACAACCCUGUUAUAGAUAAUUGGAUCAGCAUAUGUUCGCCCUUUAUCCCCAAGUACUUGUCCUCUCCUCGCUCUGUUUGCGUUGAUGGGAUUGUGUAUCUGGUCGCCGACAACACUAAGAAAGUCUACUGCUAUGAUCCAGAGGCGAACAUGUGGCAGAAGGUCCAGCUUCUCCACAUGCUUCAUGAGAAUGGCGGCCUGGUAACGCUGGAUGGGAUGUUAUUUGUCACUGGGGGCCAUUGGAAAGGUAUGGAGGGCGAUUACGGGGUGGAAGUGGAGUCUUACAACCGGGCGUCCGACACCUGGGAGGUGGAGGGCUUCCUGCCCAGACUUUGGUUCUACAGCGGGGUCUGCACCAUCUUCCUCGACCCCACCCAGUGGCCGGAGCUUUUCCCCACAGAUUUAACACAAUGACCUUGUGUCCCUGACCAGACCAAACUUGGGGUCAAAAGAGAUCUCAGAGACGUGUUCCUAUCUAUAUGUGUUUGACUUGUUUAUCACUGGAUGUCCUUGUGUUUCACAAUAGUUCACAUGAUCCUCAGGUAUUGCUGACUGAGUUUAGGACCGGCUUGGCAGCUCAGCUGGAAUUUACAUAGACUUUUUAUUAUGUGUUUGAUA